AUGAAGUUCGCUUACAUCCUCUCUGCUCUGGCUUCCACUGCCGUUGGUGCCCCUCUUCUGGACAACGUCGCCGUCUUGAGUGUCCUGACCAACAAGUUGCCCGUCGUCAACAACCUCUUUGACCUCAACGGGCUCUUGGGUGGAGUUCUCGGUGGAGUUAUCGGUGGACUUCUUGGCGGUGGCAGCAGCGAUUUGCCCCUGGGUACCGUUAUCGGCUUCCUUGGACAAGCACCUACCGGCACCACUGGAGUCAUCCCCUCCGGCCUCCCCUCUGGCCUUCCAUCUGGCCUCCCCUCUGGACUUCCCUCCGCCAUCCCUACUCCCUCCAACGGAGUCGUUCCCUCUGCUGUUCCCUCUGCUCCCGCCACCGGCGCCGGCAAAGGCAAACUCCUCCAGGACCUUGCCCCCGAGGUCAACAACAUCCUCGUCGUGACCGGCACCGACGCCCAGAUCCUCCUCAUCCAGCUCUCCCCUGAAGUCACCGCCCUCGUUGCUGGUCUCGGUCUCCCUCAACUCGCCGCUCCUCUCGGUGGCGUUGUCGCCUCUGCCUCCACCGUCGGCGUCCUCGUCAAGGACCUUGGCCCUGCCGUCGAGAAUGUCGUCACCGUUGUCGGCAAGGACGGCGGUGCUCUCCUCGUCCAGCUCUCCCCCGAAGUCGCCGGCAUCGUCUCUGGCCUUGGUCUCCCCCAAGUUGGUGUGCCUGUCGGUACCGUCAUUGCCAUCGUUGGUAAGAGCCUGUAA